AUGCAGUGGAGGCGUCACAUCGGAGACGCCCGGCCCCUGGGUCAACUGGCGCAAGUCUUAAAGUUGGUGGCCCGUAUGGAUCAGAGCGGCGAAGUCCAGCGCCUCAGCAACGAGGUCUUGGCUGAACGUCGUGAGCUGGAACAGCAGCUGGCACAGCGCCGAGCGCUGGAAGAUCAACUCCGGGAGGCACGUGGACGCCUCGACGAGGCCUCCGCCAAGCGGCGCGACAGCGCCAUCGAGUCGGCGGCGGCGCAGAAGCGGAUUGCGCAGAUGCAGGACGAGUUGGUUUUCGUGACCAGAGAGGUGAAUGGAGUUGAAGAGGAUUUGAAAGCCUUGCGGCAAGCUUGCGGUCAAGAGAAGGAGGAGAUGGAAACAUCAGAAAUUCUACCGUCCCGUGGAAGCGAAGGAAAGGUUUCUCAUUGGCUGUCUCGUGUGAGGGCCUCCUUCAUUGUGCCAGCUGUUGGUCUCAUGGUUCUGGGUGUGUUUGCAUUGGGUGCGAUGCGUCAGAGUUUGGCUUCUCCGACUGCUGGGGACCAGUCUGAAAUUCUCCAGCAGGAGUUUAAGAUCCCAGAGCUUCCAGCGAAUCCUAUUGAUGAGUUGAAGGCUGAAAUCAAAAAGCCAGUGACAGUCUUCAAGAGUAAGUGGGGCAUCAAUGACCUGAGGCCGAAUCAGAUUACGCUUUGCGUCACCAAUCUCAACAUUGGACUCUGGAAGAUUGUUCAGCUGGGAGCCGUCAUCACCAAGACGGUAGCCAGUUGCCCAGCUGGAUUCAACAGUAUCGACAAGAAAAUUGCAUGCAAUAUCAAUCUUGCUACGAUCGUAUCUACUCUUGCUUGUGCGAUGGCCUUCUUCACCAGCACCUCCAUCGUAUGCACAGGCAAAACAAACCCAGAUGCACGCUGCACAAUAUUUCUGGCACUGACCUUCAGGAAUUUGGCGCUCUUUCCUGCAGCUGAGAAUCAGAUUUCACUUUUUUGCCCUAAGGCCUCAUUGGAACAAACUGUCAUACAAGGUGGCGUCAGAACCUUUGAUGCUGGACAACGUCGGCUUUUGAAUUCCUCCUUUGACAGCUUUUCUGACAGGGAACUCUCCGAACCUAUGCCUCCGAUCGAACAAGUGUUUUGCGCAUGGAAUGUUGCUCAGAGCUUCUGGUUCUUUGCUCGUAUUCCCCCAUUGGCCGACAUUGCACGCCGACGUUGCCCGGCAAAGAGGGGCCAAGAAGCUGCUUGUUCAGAGGUGAUCAACAACAUCCUCACCAUGACUUUCAACGGAGCCAAAUUUAUCGCUGCAGCCACAACUAAUUGUGUCAACGGCAUGAACGUGGCUGCUGGAUGUUCUGCUGGCAGUCUCAAUUUCAUGUCAGGAAUCACAGGGAUAAGCUGGGUGGCCUCGGCCUUUGCAAAUGGCGCAUGCACAGAUUUGCGUGCAAAGAGGAAGGCUGCGACAGAGGUGCGCAUCAAUCGCCAGAUUCACAAGAUUAACGCCAUCAAAAGCAACACGCUGCGGCGAUUGCUACGGGAGAAGAAACUCACAGGCCCCGCCAUCGCGGAAGCUCACCAGAUGAUUGCCCAAGAAGAGGCCGACACGCGCAACAAUGCCACCACGGAAGAACUUGUCCGCCAUCUUAUGCAACAGAUGCCACAAGAAACCCAUGAAGGUCAAGAAGGUCAUGAACUUGAUCCUUAUGAACUUUUGUUGUCACACCUCCAGGGCUUGAAGUCACCCACCGAGGCAGAGUGGCAACAGAUGAUGGCAAAGGUGCGCAUGAUGCAUGACAAGUACGCCUCCAGCCCUGAGCUGCGGAAAAGUCCGGCACCCUAUAACGAUCCCGACGAGGAGCGCCGUGAUGUGCUCUCGAAGGUGCGGGCUGAGCGUGAUUUGCUGCUGAAGGAUCAAAGGGCCAUUGAGGAGUUAAGGGAAAAACUGGAUGAGAUCUUUCGACAGAAGCAUGAAGCCCAAAGCAGGCAACAGGCUCUGUUGGAGAAGCAACGGCAAUGCGAACAGGAUCGCAGCUUGAUGCUGACAGCCAUUGAGGCGGAGCGAGCCAAGUUAAUGUCUGCACGAGCUGACCGCCUGAGGCUGUGGAAGGAGCGUUCUGAGCUGGAAAAGCAACUUCAGGACGUUGACCAACAGCAGCUGCUGAUGAGUCGUCAGGUGCCAGGUCGCAGCGUGCCAGAGGCCAAUCGACCGGCCGAGAAGCAGCAGUCUCGUAGCAAGGGCGUACCGCACGAGACGGUGCCAGCAGUAAUCCAUGGUGCUCCAGCAACAGGCCCCUGGAGCACGCCAAAGCACUGGUAUGUUCCACAUAAAGAGGAGGGUCUCCAUGGUCUCCAGGGUCUCCAAGCACCUCCAGGUGAGCGACGCCGGGACCACCGGGGAAUCCGGGCGGAUCGCUGA